AUGGCCCUCCGCCGCUUCUCUCGCAUCUAUGUCAGAGGAGCCCCCGGCGCAGGCAAAGGAUCGCUGUGCGCCAAGCUCGCAGCCGACUUCGGGCUUCAUCAUCUAUCAGUUGGCGACCUCUUGCGACAGGUAGCUCGCUCUGGCCGCAUGGACCCUGAGAUCCUUAACAAGAUCCAGAGAAGCAUUUUGCUCGACGUGAAAGGCCUCGCGCCCAUCUUGCGCGACGCCAUCGCAGAUCUCAAAAAAGACACUCAAGACAAGCUGCGGCUGCUUAUUGACGAAGUCCCACGCACGCUCGAGCAAGCAGCGCCAAUUGAAGAAGCGGUGAAGAUGCCCGCUCGCUUAGUAUAA